CCGCCUGAGACUGGUCUACCGCCUGAGACUGGUCUACCGCCUGAGACUGGUCUACCGCCUGAGACUGGUCUACCGCCUGAGACUGGUCUACCGCCUGAGACUGGUUCACCGCCUCAGACAGGUCUACCGCCUGAGACUGGUCUACCGCCUCGGACUGGUCUACCGCCUGAGACUGGUCUACCGCCUGAGACUGGUCUACCGCCUGAGACUGGUCUACCGCCUGAGACUGGUCUACCGCCUCGGACUGGUCUACCGCCUCGGACUGGUCUACCGCCUGAGACUGGUCUACCGACUUAG